AUGGGUGCCGACGAAGAGCCCACCCGCGACGAAGCCGGCGCCGUCAAGUUCGGGCCCAAGACCUUGAAGGAAACCCUCAAAGAACUCGAUGCCAUCAACAAGUCGAUCAUCAAGCUUGACGAGGAGAACGAUCCAUUCGAUGGCCUCCGCAAGACGCUCUUCAGGUUCCUGAUGAUCCACGAAUACUCAGUUGACGAGCCCUUGGACAACACAGUGAAAUUACCCGCAGUCCCCACGGAGCUCAUCAGUGAAAUCGGCGUCCACCUCAGCAGCCGCGACCUACAGACGCUGCGGUACACCAGCAAGCGGUUCCGGUACGGGGUGAAGACGAUCUUCGGCAAGGAGCUCGUGAACGCGCAGACGGUGUUCCCGACAUAUGUAAGUGUAGCUUCUUUCCUGGCGUUGCUGCGUUGUGAGUCUUUCUUCCCGGGCAUGGUGGAUACGGUCACGCUGGUGGGCGAGGCGCCGCGCAUCCACGAGCACGGGUCCGACUGGGCGUGGGAGCGGCUCGAGGAUAGCGAGCGUGCGGUGGUGACGCCCGGCGAUAGAAUGCUCCAGCGCGGUAUCAACGCUGCGCAUGCGGCGUGGUGCAGUGUCAACGACGACUUUUGCUACUCUGGCGGAUACCGCAUCUUACUUACCAUGAUGCUUUCGCGCCUCCCCAACCUCAAGACUAUCAAGAUCCGCAAGUUGAGGGCUGGUGAACACGUUCCCGAUGUCGAUGGCAUGGAUGCGCUGCCGGACUUGUCCUUCUACCGCCCCAAGCUGCCUGUCAACGACAUCUUCUACGGCGACUGGCAGUACGACACGGUGCACAAGCGCGUUACUGUCUACACGGAUGAGUACGGCGAGGAGAUUGUCGAGGCCGGUGCGGGACCCCAGGCUAGCUUCAUCGACGAUGUGGUUGCUGCCAUGGGGAACGCGCGUACGAGUGCUGUGCUUGAGAGCAUUGUUUGA